AUGAACAUCGACUACAGGUCAAAAAGAGCUGAGGCCAGCAGGAGGGAGGUGCUGUUCGGUCGCUCUAAAGCAGCAGUGAGGAGGACCACAGAGGAGGUCUGCACUGGCCUCAACAUUGGAGCCACUCUCACGGAGGAGGAGCAGAGCUACAGAGACGCCCUCCGGAAGAUCCAGGAGCAGCAGGAGCUCCGGCAGAAGGAGAAGGAGGAGGUGCAGAGGUAUGAGGCUCAGCUGGAGGAGGAGAUGAGGAGGCACCAGGCCUGGGGCCGAGGAGAAGGAGGUGCCCCACUGAAGGACAGCACAGGUUAA